UGUUUAUGCAUCAAACAUGAUAACAUUGUUGACAUCAUAGAUUUGAAACGAUUACAUUUCUUGUACUGCGGAUCAAGUUGCCAUCUGGAUCGAAGAAGAUUGUCCCGAGUGGAUGCAGGGCCAUGAUUGGUCAAGUUGCUGGUGGUGGAAGAACAGAGAAGCCGAUGCUCAAGGCAGGAAACGCGUACCACAAGUACCGUGUGAAGAGGAACUCAUGGCCUAAGGUUCGUGGUGUGGCUAUGAAUCCAGUGGAGCAUCCUCAUGGAGGAGGUAACCAUCAGCACAUUGGUCACGCGAGUACGGUUAGGCGUGAUGCACCACCAGGACAGAAGGUUGGUCUUAUUGCUGCUAGGAGAACUGGUCGUCUAAGAGGUCAAGCUGCUGCUUCUGCUGCCAAGGCUGACUAGAUUUUCAUUAAGAUAUAUAUUUGUUUGAG